UGAUUUGUUGUGCAGAGAACAUUGGCCUUCAUGUUUUGCCUAGAUCCAACCUCGAUGGAUUCAAACUCGGUGGUUUAUGAUUAACAUUCUUUCCCCGGCUGACCGACUAUGAUGGAAACAAGAUUUGUUUAAUAAGCCAAAUUUUAUGAAACCGCUUGAAACACGAGUUAUUUUAGCAUCAUAGGUCACCCAUUCGUCUACACAUGUACUCAUCAAGGCUUCUUGUUUUUGUUUGUUCGUUUCUCAAGGUCACCAGGAAGCUCGUCUACCAGCGUGCCGUGGUGUACCACAAGACUCUGCUCAGACGUGAAGUCCGCCUAGCUCACACUCCCCGCUGAGCCUAAGCUGGCCUUCAUCAUCAUGAUCCCAUGUCUUUCAAGGUGACCAGGAAGCUGGUCUAGAAGCCUGCUGGGCGUACCAGGGGGUACAGGACUGAUCCACCUCCGCUAAGGCCAACCUGGCCGUGGUCAUUGGGGUCCGAGGAUUCUCAAGAUGACCAGGAAGUCGUCUACAAACGUGCCGAGGUGUACCACAGAGUACAGGACUCAGUUCAGACGUGAAGUUGAAGUUGGCCUUCUCGGGUCACGUGGACUGUCCAGCUGCUCCUCUUCCAUGAUGCACCAGUCGAUGCCGUCGACCAAUCGGGCCGCACGGCCCUGAAGAUGGCGGCGAAGGGCAGAGUCGGCGUGCUUGAGGUGCUGUUGACCAGCACUGAGGCCAACCUGAGUCUGGGAUAAAGACAGCAACACGGCCCUUCACCUGGCCUGCAGUAACGACCUUCAACCCGGCGGACUAAACGGCGAACUCUGGGGGUGUUCGCAAGGAAACGUGGGACACUGACGGCAACGACGGUGCUGAGGGAACUGGUCACCAGGAAGCUGGUCUACCAGCGUGCCGUGGUGUACCACAAGACUCUGCUCAGACGUGAAGUCCGCCUAGCUCGCACUCCCCGCUGAGCCUAAGCUGGCCUUCAUCAUCAUGAUCCCAUGUCUUUCAAGGUGACCAGGAAGCUGGUCUAGAAGCCUGCUGGGCGUACCAGGGGGUGCAGGACUGAUCCACCUCCGCUAAGGCCAACCUGGCCGUGGUCAUUGGGGUCCGAGGAUUCUCAAGAUGACCAGGAAGUCGUCUACAGUGUGCCGAGGUGUACCACAGAGCACAGGACUCAGUUCAGACGUGAAGUUGGCCUUCAUCAGGAUCACAGGAACCGCUGAAGACUGGCCAGACCCUUCAACAGGCGCCCAGCUGGGCAAGCCCCAUGCAUCAUCAUCCUCUGGACUGCAUUGAGGGAAGCGACGGAAUCGUCUGCAUGAGGGCUCAUCAUGCUAGUGAGAUGUAGCUCACAGAUGCACUUCAGACGAGCGGGCCUACUCAGCAGUACUCGCCCCUUACUCCUGUCCCAUUAUGGCUCCUGGUCGCAUGUUAAUGAUGCACUUGUUGUUCCCCAUCUUAACGACUGGUGAAACCCAAGCUGAAAAUAAGACAAUUUAGUCUGAAACCACAUCCUGGACUUGAGUCUCACUGAUUGUUAUUCUGAAUCCGGAUCCUGUUUCAAAAGCAAAACCUUUUAAUCACUUUAUAUGUUGUGACUGGUAUAUUUUUUUUUAUCCUAAAUGAUUUUUGCUCCCUUUCCGGUUAUGUGUGAUUUCAACUGAGAAAUAAAAACAACAAAAACUAAUUGUUUCAGUGUUUGACAUUUUCUAUGGCCCACCUUUGGGGGAAACUGCCUUCUGAUGGGCCAGUACAGAUGUAGCCUGCCUCUUUGACUGUCUCCCAGACUAGUUGCUGUGGGAAGAUCAACUGGCAUAAUUAUGAAGUGUGUAAGCUGUUAUGUUUUGAUCAUUGCUAAUGUCAUUUUAAUGGCAAAGGGACAUCUCUCAGUUUAUGAACUGACCAGAGGAUUCAGUCUAGUGGACCAGAUGUGUGCAUAAUGCCGUGGAUGACUUUAUUGGAGUAGUGUGUACGGUUUGUAGCCAUAGCAACGUCUGACACCACCCGGAGCAGAGCGCACCGAGCCGCGGGUCCACGCUACUAAAUCAUCCGCUAAACCAGCCGAUCGAUGGAUCAGACGCAUCGGUAGCGGAUACUCUCGUCGAACUGCAAAAUGUGAACGACGUCGAGUUCGUAUGGCGUCGGGCGAUGACAUUUCGAGUGUCUCCACCGCCUUCUAAGAGGAGCUCGGGUUGCAGCCCGAAGCGCUGCGAGUCGCUCGGUGACGUCAAAGCGAUGAUCAAGACCUCGAGGGACGCGAGCUUGCUGCCAGUGCGGAGUAAAUUGCCAUACAUUCCCAGUUUAGCCAAGUCGACGGACGGAGCGUGCCGCCGUGUUAACGGUCUCCUAGCGACAAAAGGACAAGAGGCCGGCGGGAGUCAUUUUCUGUUUGACAAAACAUAUGAUCAUAUACAACGGACCGGAACCCUGAUCCCGCCACUGCCAAAGAACUAUCACGUGCACCGGACCGGAAAACUGCAGCCUAUUGGCGCCCCCCAUGGGCAAGGCCGGCCCCUCUCCCUGAGCUCCUGUGAAGGCUACAGCCUCGGCACUAACCCAACGUUCCUCUUACCCUCUGCGUUGGUCCUCAACAAGAGGAACACCCUCUCCGUGGACCACUGCCUGUUAAACAGGCCUAAAGGGAAUCAACGCACCUACAACCUGUUGACCAUCAAAGACAUUCAAAAAGGUCAGGGGUCGUUCCCGGACCCUGUGGCAGGGGCCCCGUACCCCUUCCUCCAGAGGGUCUCUGAGCUGGCGGCUCUGGAGGGGGACACGGCCCGGCAGGAGAAGCUGGUGAAGAUGACUAAGAACAGGAAGCAGGAGUCCUGAUGAGCCCACAACAUCAUCUCAGUGAAUUCGGUUUUAUUCAGAGGAAACCCCUAGAGUAGAACCAUCUCGUCUUCGAGGGGACCUCAUCGGUGAAUCCACGGGUCCAGGAUCCAAACAUCUCUCAUGGUGCCAAAGUUAUACAGACUUUUAUCGGUUGUGUCAGUUUCCUUCGUCAGUGUAUUGAUUUAUACUUUCUGUUCCUCGAUAGUGUUUGCCGACAACAGUGAAGUCUGCUCUUUAUUUCAGGUAUAAGUUGUCAGUAUUUCCCUUCUGUUAUCUAAAAUUGUUCUUGAUUAUUCUCGCAUCCCCUGAAAAAUAAUAGCACAUAUUUACUUCAAAAUUGUCUGUGUAUCAGUAUCUACAUUGGAUUGCAAGUCUGGCACAUCAACAGACUUGCUUUUCUAUCCCAUUUUGGCCCAGUUAGCAUUUUGGGCCAAAAUGCUAACUGGCUUUCCAGUAUUUGGCAUUUAUUCACAUUGAAACAAUAAAUGUAUUGUGGAGUUUU